AACACAUGCUUGUCAUAGAAAAAAGGUGUAAAGGAUGUUGCUGUGCAGCUGCUAGACUCCGCUGCAACCCUGUCACGCUUUACACCGCAGCAACUCCAAACUGCACUUGCAACUUCUAACGACGCCCAGAAUCUGGGCACACUAGCUUUUUCCUGGUCUAUUUGAAGAGCUUUGGAGCACAUUCGCACUUAUGCUUUCCGUUAUUCACGACAAGAUGACCGAGAAGCUUGCAAGCACAAAGGCAGCAGCGUCGACAAAAUUAGCAGGCGGAGGUGUAACCAAGUAUGCUGACCCCUCUAAAUUGAAAGUCGAGUAUUUCGAAGCCCCCGUUGUGGAAGGCCUCAAGAAAGCCUACAAGCAUGGCAGCAGCAAAGAAAGUACUUUUGAAGAUUUUCUCCAAGAAAUGUCGUCUGAACGUUCCAACGCUCUUCUUCCAGCUCAAGAGCAGGAUCUGACACAUCCAUUAUCCAACUACUUCAUUUCUUCAAGCCACAACACAUACCUCACUGGCCACCAGCUGUAUGGCAGAGCGAAUGUGGAUGGAUACAAGAAUGUUCUUCUGCGUGGUUGUCGCUCAGUAGAGAUCGACGUUUGGGAUGGUGAACCCCCAUCGUCUGAAUCCUCAAGCGACGAAGAACAAGCACCACCUCUGUCCAAGACAGGCAAAUCCUCGAAAAGGGGAGUGCAUGACAGGACCGAGCCUGUCGUGUUACAUGGAUAUACUGCUACGAAGGAUGUGUCGUUCCGCAGAGUGUGUGAGACGAUUCGCGAUAAUGCGUUUGUGACUUCCAAGCUCCCCGUGAUUGUCAGUUUGGAGGUGCAUACGUCUCUAGAGCAACAGGAGAUCAUGGUGGAAAUCAUGGAAGAGACAUUCAAAGGUUUUCUGGUCGAUGGAGAGAAAGUUGAUGACCAGAAACUACCGUCUCCUGCCGAUUUAGAGGAGAAAAUUCUCAUCAAGGUCAAGUAUUCAGCGCCUUCUCCGCCAAAGGAGGGAUUGUCAGACGGUUUGAGCAAGACCACAACACAUACUUCUGGUCAUUCUGAUGGGGAAGAGGGGCAAAGACAGAACGAAAAACCCAGCAAUAUCAUUGCUUCACUGAGCAAGCUUGGUGUUUACACACGAAGUUACCACUUCAAAUCUCUAACCCAACCCGAAGCUUCCAUCCCUACUCACGUCUUCUCUUUGUCUGAGGGUACGCUGAGCGAGGUCCACAAAACAGAUCCAGAAGGCUUAUUCAAUCACAACAAGGACUUUCUCAUGAGAGCUUACCCUAGAGGCACCCGUAUCUCAUCAUCCAACCUCGACCCAGCACCCUUUUGGCGCCAAGGAGUACAGAUGGUGGCACUGAACUGGCAAAGUAUCGACACUGGCCUCAUGCUCAAUGAAGCCAUGUUUGCAAACACCGGAGGCUGGGUUCUUAAACCUCCAAGCCACCGCAGUAGCGCAAAAUACCUUGGAGAAUUCGGGGGUCAUGGUUCGAGCCUUGCAGUCCAAUUUAUUGCUGGCCAGAAUUUGCAACCUCCAGAGGGUAUUGAGCCAAAUGAACUCAAGCCGUACAUCAAAUGUGAACUACACGUAGAAAUCCCCAACGAGUGGGAAAAUCUAACCAAUGCCAAAGAAAAGUCUAGAGACGAAUUUAAAGAGAAAAUCGACCCAGUCAGAGGUAUUCACCCAGAUUUCAAGUCCCAAAAGGUGGAAUUCAAACAACUACCUUACCUGAUACCUGAGCUCAGCUUUGUCAGGUUUAAGGUGAUGCACGACAGACUGGUCAAUGACCCUUUAGUGGGUUGGAACUGUAUUCGCUUGGAUCGCUUAAAACAAGGCUACGGGUUCGUUCAUCUUUUCGAUGCAAAGGGAUUACAGACCAAGGGUGUCAUUUUGGCAAAUUUCGAGUUCAAGUGGCAGUUGCGAGAUCGACAGACUGAAAAAACCUUACCCCUUCGUUAGGAAGGUCAUUGCAAUGUAUCAAAAACUGACCACGACACUCAUAUCGAUUUAAGGCUAUGGUUCAAAUGAAAAUCGGACUCCGAUCGUCAACGCUUAAUACAUUGCCAGCCUCUUGUUGAUUACUGGGUUACUUACCGCAUUCACUUCCCUG